AGCUUCUUGGUUGGUGUGUUCUUUGACAAGAACGACUGUGUGGAUUUAGAUUGGGUUUUAUGCGCAACCCUAACAACUCGCGUAUUAUUUCGAUUCUUACUUUUAGUGCUGUUACGAGAGGUCAGCUACACGUCGGCAACACUAUUCACUGUUAUACUCGCUAUCAAAUUAUUACUGUCACUCUUUUGCUAGCAAGAUAGUUCUUUACGCUAGCUUAGCAAGCAUCGGCGAAAUUUCUCUUGUCUGAUCUGUGUGGUACACGGUGUGCCUAUUUGCUUUCCCAGUCGCCUAGGUUUCUCCUGAAGUUCUACGUGCUGUCAAAACAACCGUUGCUGUUUUUAAAGUUAAUCUCCAAAACAGCACGUCCUACAAUUAUUCAUAAUGCUUGCUAGCUAACUAGCUUGUUCGCGAGCUAUCCCGUGUCUCGGUGUCUUCACGCAGGGCUUUAGUCGCACACACUAUUGCUAAAAAUACACCGCCACUCUUUGUCCCGCACUCUGCGACCUGCCUCCUUAAAGCGGUGAGCUUACUUACUGGAACUAGUCCAAGGGACCUUUUUUGUCAUCUAGUCGAAGUUUGACAAUCUACAUGGUCGCUUCAGUGAAGUUAGGAAGACUGGAAGAGGUUGGCGCUAGUGGUUGUGAGCCGAUCCGGUCUGAAGCAUCUUUUCCCAGUUGGGUAGAGUGGAAUCGGUCUAAACCAGUACACGCAUUCGGUUGUGUGUACUUGGCCGAAUAUCGAGCUGUAUUCAUGGCUUCGACCUGUUAGCAGCAAUAGUGAAGCAAUUGUUCUAUCUGAGGGAAACAUUAGCUAGUUAGAUAACUGUUUAACAGUAGCUUACUUGUAAAGGUCAAACUGUCAGUUUAGAUUGUACGUCCAAGGGGAACAGUUUUAAGGACUUUCUAGCGGACCUUCUCUGGAACAACAUGUCAGAAGAUAACAACGCCGACAAAUUCAUAAAGGAAACGUCUAUUUUGGAGGAGUAUAACAUCAACUGGACCCAGAAGCUGGGAGCUGGGAUUAGUGGACCUGUUAGAGUAUGUAUAAAGAAAUCAUCUCAAGAACGACUGGCCUUGAAGAUCCUCAUCGAUCGCCCCAAGGCCAGGAACGAGGUGCGUCUCCAUGUCAUGUGUGCCUCACACCCCAACAUUGUCCAGAUCACAGAGGUGUAUGCCAACAGUGUCCAGUUCCCCCACGAGUCUAGCCCAAGAGCCAGGUUGCUGAUCGUCAUGGAGAUGAUGGAGGGAGGGGAGCUGUUCCACAGGAUCAGUCAGCACAGACACUUCACAGAGAAGAUGGCCAGCCAGGUCACCAAACAGAUCGGACAGGCCUUGGAACACUGCCACUCUCUGAACAUCGCCCAUCGGGACCUGAAGCCGGAGAACCUGCUGUUCAAGGACAACUCUCUGGAUGCACCUGUCAAACUGUGUGACUUUGGCUUUGCCAAGAUCGACCAGGGAGACCUGAUGACGCCCCAGUUCACUCCGUACUACGUCGCGCCUCAGGUGCUGGAGGCUCAGCGGCGACACCAGAAGGAGAAGUCUGGGAUCAUCCCCACCUCACCUACCCCCUACACCUACAACAAGAGCUGUGACCUGUGGUCUCUGGGUGUGAUCAUCUACGUGAUGCUGUGUGGCUACCCGCCCUUCUACUCCAGGCACCACAGCAGGACCAUCCCCAAGGACAUGAGGAAGAAGAUCAUGACAGCCAGCUUCGACUUCCCCGAGGACGAAUGGAGCCAGAUCUCCGAGAUGGCCAAGGACAUCGUACGCAAGCUGUUGAAGGUGAAGCCAGAAGAGAGGCUGACCAUCGAGGGGGUCCUGGCCCACCCCUGGCUCAACUGCACCGAGGCCCUGGACAACGUGCUGCCCUCCUCCCAGAUGAUGAUGGACAAGGCAGUGGUAGCAGGCAUCCAGCAGGCCCAUGCAGAGCAGCUAGCCAACAUGAGGAUCCAGGACCACAACGUGAGUCUCAAGCCCCUCAACUCGGUCAACAACCCCAUCCUGCGCAAGAGGAAGAUGCUGGGCACCAAGCAGAGUGAUGGUUUUUUCAUCCACGACCCGGAGAACGGAGGUGAAGACUGCAAUGUGGCCCUGGAGAAACUACGAGACGUCAUCGCCCAGUGUAUACUACCACAAGCUGGAGAGAACGAGGACGAGAAGCUGAACGAGGUGAUGCACGAUGCCUGGCGCUUCAACAGGGACUGUAAGCUGCUGAGAGAUGGCCUGCAAGGACUCAGCUGGGACGGCCGGGCCUUCGGUGACAAGGUGGACCGUUUGAAGCUGGCUGAGAUCGUGAAACAGGCCAUCGAGGAGAAGACCAACCUGGAAGAGCCGCACUAGCAAGCUGUCGCUCUCUUUUUCUAUCCUUUCAUAUAACCCUUUUUAUGCCAGCAUCUGUAUAGAGGCUUAUAACUGUACAUUUUACGUGCUGAAAUAUUUUUUCCUUUAACUCCCUUCCAAGACCUAUUGUACAGCUGUAGAUACUCAGAGGACUCAGUACUUUGUUUUUGUUUUUAUGAACAACCUUAUAUAUUUUAAGGGGGUUUCUUUUUGCGAAAAGUAAACUAGCAGAAAAGGAGAGGAAAGAAAUUGUCAAAAGAAUAUUUUAUGGGAGGGAAUUUGCUUCUUUUUUUUUUUAAGCGACUCAUCCUGGAUGUCCCACAUCAAUGUUUUAGUUCUUUAACCGAUUUUAUUUCCUUUUAUUGUAUUUAAUUUCUUGCGAUCAUUUUUUAACAACGAUAUUCGUUCUAUUUAUUGAACAAAGAGUUCCGUUACGUUAAACCCUCGCGCCUUUUUUGAUGUCAUAUCAGCCUCAGAAGCAAACGCACGCAGCUCUAGUUAAGACUAAAUCGAAACUAGAUGUUUACCAGGACAACAAGAAUAAUUUAACGAGAACAUUGGAGUGCAAUAGUGAUUCUGGUUGUUUGCAUAUCAUGUGAAGCUUUGUAUACAUACAAAUACAUACUUGAUGAUGUGUGUAUGUAUGUGUGGCAGUAUUAUUGUGACGUGGGGCAUGGACCUUUCUGUAGCUCCACUCACUGCUGUGUUAACGCUUAACGCGGUAAAAUUUAGUUUGAUCACAAAACGGAGACCACCAUCUCAGACACCCAUAAGGCUCCAAGUCAGUACUUGGAUUAUUUGUUAUGUGACAUACUUUUAAUCUAUUUUAUUUUUAAAAAAAAUCCGCGCUCCUAAUUAGUGCUUUUUCAAACUUCUAAUCACCUGACGUCUUCUAAAGUCUUAGCCUUAUUAUGAUGGGAGCAGAUGUGGUCUCAAGUCUGUUUUUAAUUAUCGUUUGUUUUAUUCUUUUUUUUAUAUAUAUGAACGUGUGGGACAAUAGUGAGGCAACCCAUGAGCUGCAUUAAGUCUUCUCAUACAACACGGAGCUGAAAACUGCUCGUUGAUUUGAAAGAGAAAA